AUGAUUUCCCGAUGCCGUGCAAAAAGCUGGAUUAUUCAGAUGAAUGAAGAUAAAGACAAAAAGACAAGUGCAGAACAUACGCAGGAGCACCAGGACUCACGGUCGAAGUUUGGGCGUCAGCAUGGCAUGAAGGGUCACGUUAUUAUAUAUCCUCAACGUCCUGAACGAGUGGCCUCACGAUUGCCGCCGUCGCUGGAUGAGCUUGGGGCCAAUAUUUGCGUGUUAUUUGUUGGCUCUAAACCUCCAACUCAAGAGUGGUUAAAAGCAAAAGCAAAACCGUUGAUUGCUCGUGCUCACAAGGUUCGAGCAGCGCUACUCUGGCUGAAACAGUGGAACCCCUUCUAUCACGACAUUGAUAUUGAUGAAGACGUCCUUGGAACCCUCUCCAAUGACCACGCGGGUGACAUUGUCCCUGUUCACAUCGAGACGGUAUCUCCUAAGGAUGUCAACGAUAAUUUGACCUCUCGUUAUGACAACAUCAACUUUGCAAAUAAUAUUGAUGGCGAUGGUGAUAUACCGUUCCAAAGCAUCGUUGUGACGAAUGUAGACCAACACUCUACCGCAAAUGAACUCCGAACUGCCGCUCUGCGUCACUUGAAAAAGGGUUCAAGCUACCUCUCGGUUGCGCAUGACAUGAAACCCGUCAAUGAAUGGUUCAACCCCGGUUUGUUUCCCAUGAUUUAUCCUACAUUAUAUCCAUAUGGUAUCGGAGGUUUUGAAGAAGAUAGCCGUGUAUCCCGACUAUCAUUUCACCGUCAUGUCAGACAUCUG